AUGGCGAAAUCGAGCGCGGACGAUGAGGAACUUCGACGGGCAUGUGAGGCGGCGAUCGAGGGCACCAAGCAGAACGUCCUUAUGUCGAUCAGAGUGGCCAAGAGUCAUGGGAUCUGGGGCAAAGGCGCCAAAUUGGGUCGCGGCCAAAUGGCCAAGCCCCGUGUCCUUGCCAUCUCUACAAAGGCAAAAGCUCAACGGACUAAAGCUUUUCUUCGUGUCUUAAAAUAUUCCAAUGGAGGCGUUCUCGAGCAUGCAAAGUUAUACAAGCUGAAGCAUCUUUCAAAAGUGGAAGUCGUAACAAAUGAUCCUAGUGGAUGUACUUUUAUGCUGGGUUUCGAUAACCUUAGAAGUCAGAGUGUUGCCCCACCUCAGUGGACGAUGCGCAAUGUUGAUGACAGGAAUCGUCUUCUUCUUUGCAUCUUAAAUGUCUGCAAGGAUGUGUUGGGUCAUCUUCCCAAAAUUGUUGGCAUAGAUGUGGUGGAGAUGGCUCUUUGGGCUAAGGAAAAUACACCAAAUAUGCCUAAGCAGCAGGUUGAUCUUCAAGAUGGACCUGUUAAGGAUGCAGUUGUAGAAAGUGACAUGAAAGUGACUGUUGAAAGAGAACUUGUGUCUCAAGCAGAGGAAGAGGACAUGGAAGCUCUUUUAGGCACUUAUGUCAUGGGCAUCAGUGAAGCAGAGGCAUUUUCUGAGCGGUUGAAAAGAGAGCUCCAAGCUUUGGAAGCGGCAAAUGUGCAUGUAAUCUUAGAGAACGAGCCUUUAGUUGAUGAGGUACUACAGGGCCUUGAGAUUGCUACUAAUUGUGUUGAGGACAUGGAUGAAUGGUUAGGCAUUUUCAAUGUAAAACUUCGACAUAUGAGAGAGGACAUAGAGUCGAUUGAAACCCGCAAUAACAAGCUGGAAAUGCAUUCAGUAAACAACAAAUCAUUGGUUGAUGAACUUGAUAAGCUUCUAGAAAGAUUGUGCAUCCCUUCCAAGUAUGCAGCAUGUCUAACAGGAGGUUCAUUCGAUGAGUCACACAUGCAUCAGAAUAUUGAAGCAUGUGAGUGGCUAACCAAAGCUUUACAAAGCCUUGAAGUGCCUAACAUUGAUCGUAGCUACGCAAACAUGCGAUCUGUUAAAGAGAAGCGGGCAGAACUUGACAGGUUGAAAAAUACUUUUGCUAAAAGAGCAUCUGAGUUCUUGAGAAACUAUUUUGCUAGUCUGGUGGAUUUCAUGAUAAGCGACAAAAGUUAUUUCUCUCAGCGUGGACAACUGAAGAGACCUGAUCAUGCUGACCUGCGGUUCAAGUGCAGGACAUACGCUCGUCUUUUGCAACACUUGAAAAACCUUGAUAUGAAUUACAUGGACGCAUUAAGGAAAGCCUACUGCAGCUCUCUCAACUUGCUUCUUCGUAGGGAGGCUCGUGAAUUUGCAAAUGAGCUUCGUACUAGUACAAAAGCGACAAGGAAUCCCACUUCUUGGCUUGAAGGUCCUAUAGGUCCCAAUCAUAGUGUAAAUAAUGCAGACACAUCUACAGUUGCUGAGGCAUAUGGCAAAAUGCUUACGAUUUUUAUUCCGCUCCUUGUGGAUGAGAGUUCCUUCUUCGCGCAUUUCAUGUGCUUUGAAGGCCUUGCCAAUGGGAACAAAACUGAACAUGAUGAUGAUUUGGGCAUUGCGGACAUCGAUGGCAAUAACAUAAAAGAUGUUAAAAAUCCUUCAGAUCUGGAGGCACUGAAUGAGUCACUUCAUGAUUUGCUUGAUGGAAUACAGGAGGAUUUCUAUGCUGUGGUGGACUGGGCAUACAAGAUUGAUCCUCUUCGUUGCAUAUCCAUGCACGGAAUUACAGAGCGCUAUAUUUCCGGUCAGAAAGCUGAUGCAGCAGGAUAUGUGCGUAUAUUACUUGAUGAUCUGGAGAACAGAAUUUCUUUACAGUUCAGUCGAUUCGUAGAUGAAGCUUGCCACCAGAUUGAAAGAAAUGAGCGAAACUUAAGGCAGGCGGGAGUCUUGUCAUAUAUACCCAGAUUUGCCACUCUUGCAACCCGUAUGGAGCAGUACAUCCAGGGGCAGUCAAGGGAUUUAGUCGAUCAGGCCUAUGCAAAACUUGUCACCAUAAUGUUUGUGACAUUGGAUAAGGUCGCUCAGGCAGAUUCAAAGUAUGAAGAUAUUGUGCUCUUAGAAAAUUAUGCAGCAUUUCAGAAUAGUCUGUAUGACCUGGCCAAUGUUGUGCCCACUUUAGCGAAAUUCUAUCACCAAGCAAGUGAAUCUUAUGAGCAAGCUUGCACACGCUUUAUCAGCACAAUCAUAUACACUCAAUUUGAACGGCUUUUCCAGUUUGCUCGCAGAAUUGAGGAUUUAAUGUACACGAUCGCACCAGAAGAGAUCCCUUACCAGAUGGGAGUCUCAAAAGUGGAUCUGCAGAAGGUUGUAAAAUCAAGCUUAUCUGGGGUUGACAAGUCCAUCAGUACAAUGUAUAAGAAAUUGCAGAAGAAUUUAGCCUCAGAGGAGCUGUUGCCUUCAUUAUGGGAGAAAUGCAAGAAGGAGUUCCUUGACAAGUACGACAGUUUUGCACAACUUGUAGCAAAAAUUUACCCAGGCAAGACCAUCCCAUCUGUCUCAGAAAUGAGGGAUCUUUUGGCAUCCAUGUAG